UAGUUGUAUUAUUUUUAGUGGCAUUUUUGUCAUUGUGUUUUUAAUUUUUAAAAAAUUAGAAAGAAAAAAAAAACCUAAUACUAUUCCCACGUUUCCAUGUUUGAACGUGUUUCUUUCUUUAAAUUUUAUUUAAAAUUUUAAUAUAUGUAAAAACUUUUCACUUUUUGGUUUAUCUUCCUUCACGCUUUCCUUCUCAAACACGCUUUCAUCUCCAUUUUUUCUUUCGAUUUUCCACUUUCAUUUGGGAAAACUUCUCUCGUUCUUAGUUGCUGUUCAUAUUUGAUGAUCGUCAAUUUGGGGGUUUACAUUUGUGUGUCCCUUGUUUGCUUCACUUUGACGGAGAUUUUUCCUACUUUCAGCUUGUCUUGGAAGAGAUGUCUCAGCCCGAGGAGAGCCUGCGAGGUGCGGUCUUCGGGGGGAACCCCUCAGCUGGGCCAAGAAUAAAAAGGCCCCGGACGUCCAAGAACGCCACUGGGGUCCCCACCAAGUCUCCGGCUAAGGAGAAGGAGCAAACCCCGGCUGCCCAGGUCGCGGGAGCGAUUCUUCCUGCCGCAGGGGGAAGCAACAUGCCUCCACCCCCUCCGCGAGCUCCAGCCGCCGCCCGGGACGCAGGAACGGAGCUCGGGACUUCGGCGGCUGUACCCUCCGAUGUACGCAUCCCAGUCAAUCCCCAGGACCUGGAGAAGAUCCCCGAGGCCUUCCGGGGAACGGUGUAUGAGUCGGCGAACUACGCCGUCAGCCACAUAUACAGGUUCACCGAGAAGGAGCUCUGGGCCAUCGAGACACUUAGCCCGGUGGGCGUGCUGGAGUCUUCAUUGGGCAUGGCCAUGACGAGCGCCGUUGCCCUUCAUCGGAGCAUCGUCAGGACCAAAACUCAGCUCGAGGACAUGAGGAGCGAGCACCAGACUACCCUGCAGGCGGCUAAGGAUGCCUUGGCGGCCUCGCAGGUCGAGUUGGAAAAAACCCGCUCGAAGGUUCAAGAGCUCGAGACCUCUCUUGCCACCUCGCAGAUAGACCUAGAUGCCGCGAAGACUGAGGUCCAGGUCGCCCAGGCUGCCUUAGAGGCCGAGCGGAUAACUUCAGAAAAGUCCAUGGAAGAUCUGUUCUACCAUUGCUGGGUCUACAAUCCAGAUGCAGACUUCUCCUUCAUGUCAGCGAGCCUCUGGGAGCGCUUGCUGGUGAAGUUCCAAGCUCGCCUUGAUAAAGAGGCACCCUCGGAGAUCGGGGAUGGUUCUGGCACAGCUGAGCAAGGCGAGACGGCGACCUCCAAGGGGCCACCUGGCGGAGCUUAGGGCAUUUCUUUUCUUGUGCCCUUCAAUAUUUUUAAAUACUUUUUAUGUAACCUUUGCAUGAGGUGCUUUCACCUCGAGACAAUUUGAUUUAAUGCUU